AUGGAUGAUGAUGAUAAAAAGAGGAAUACAAUCACUAUUUCUCUUACUCAUAAAAAUGAUGGUGAUGAUGAGGACGAUGUUGAAGAUGGUAUUGUUUUUUCUGUUCCACCAAAGUUGAACAUGAAUUAUGAUAAUAAUAAAAAUAACAAUAAAUGUGAUGACUGUGAGCCAGUUACAACGGACUAUAAACAUUUGUAUGAAACAUAUAAAAGUAAAUCAGACACUUUGAAAAGUGAACUUAUGGCUAAAGAAAAGUUAAUCCAAGAGUUAAACAACUCAUUAGAAACUGUCACCAAGCAACUUAACCACAACAUCAUGCAGAAGAGAGAGAGUGAUUUCAUGGUGAGGGCCUAUGAAGAUUUGGAGAGAGAUAACGACGGACUGAGGCUGAGGGUGAUGGAGAUUGACGAGAGCAAAUUGAAAGUUGAGAAAACUAUGAAUGAAUGUCUGGCUGCCCUACAGGAAAAGGAUAGAGAGAUGGAACUGAUGAAAAGUGAAAAGGAUUUAAAAAUUGAUGAACUGAUUGAGAGAUUAAAACGACUGAAGAGAGAUCAUUUGAUCCUGAAAUCAUUUGUUGAAAGAGUAGCCGAUAUCUGUGGUCAUGAUAAUGAUGCCAGAAAUAAUAAUAAUAAAAAUGCAGAUGGUGAUGAUGAUGAUUAUUACAGCUGCCACAUCAACGAAGCAAUGGUUGAUAGACUGCUCAUCACCUUAGAGCAGAAGGUCACCAAGUCAGGUCAACAGGAAGUAGGGAUGGGCUGUGAUAAUGAAGAGUGUCUGAAGAUUAAAAGUACUUUGGAUAAGAAUUUUAUAGAGUUCAACAAUCUAAAGUUUGAUCUAAGUGAGAAAUUAAAGAUUAUCGAUGAGCUGAAGAGUAAAAUUGAAAGUUAUGAAACAUCAAUGGAGCUUAGAACUCAAGAACAAAUCAUCAAAAACCUCGAAAACAAAUUAAAAAGCAAGGAAGAUAUAAUAAAUGAACUGAAAAAUGAUACAGAAAUCAUGAUUGGUUCUUACAAGAGACGGGAGAUCCUAUUGGAAGAAGCCAGGGAAGCAUUCAGCCAAUCAGAAGAGUCUUUUUACAAUCGAUUUGAAGCUGAAAGGGACAAAUAUGUUGAUAAAAUUAAGAAAUUAGAAGAGCUGGUCGGCCAGGGAGUGACGGAAAGUAGGAUGAAUGAGAUGAAGGAGGAGGUGAGGAGGAUGAAGACGUUGAGUGAAAAGUACAAGAACGACAUGAUGAAGAUGAGGCGGGACUUUGAUGAUAGUGUUAAUAUUCUAUCUCUUCAUUUUUCAACGGUUUAUUAA